AUAGGUUGCCACCUGUGCAGCUUGCUACUAAAUAUUCCGCAGUCAACUGUUAGUGGUAUUAUAACAAAGUGGAAGCAGCUGAGAACAACAGCAACUGAGCCACGAAGUGGUAGGCCAUGUAAAAUGACAGAGUGGGGUCAGCACAUGCUGAAGUGCUCAGUGCACAGAAGUCGCCAAAUGUCUGCAGAGUCAAUAGCUAAAGACCUUCAAACUUUGUGUGGCCUUCAGAUUAGCAGAACAACAGUGUGUAGAGAGCUUCAUGCAAUGGGUUUCUUUGGCCGAGUACCUGAAUCCAAGCCUUACAUCACCAAGUUACAUAGUUACAUAGUUGCACACAGUGGUGUAAAGCAUGCCACCACUGGACUCCAGAGCAAUGAAGACGUGUUCUCUGGAGUGAUAAAUCACUAACAAUCCGAUUGGAUGUGUCUGGGUUUGGCAGUUCCAGUGAAGGAAACUUAGUU